GGAACCAUGUCGGGACAUGGGACGGACCAGGAGCUGAAUUGCACAUACAUACCUUCCAGAACGGUGAGGGAGCAGCAGGAUGAAGUCAGUGGCAGAGUGUGAAACCAUCAGACUGUGGAGUGGAGUGAUGAAGACAAAAAGGCAGACGGAGAAAGAGUGUGACUGAGCUGCUGUUUUUCACCUGUCACAGAAGUUAGAAUGAGUGCUGCUCUCAUGGCGGGACCGGCCCCUCAGGAGCCCUUAAAGACCCAGCAGAAGUGCAUCGCCAUCUUUGCCCUUCUCUGCUGUUUCUCCGUGCUGGUGGCACUGAUCUUCUCAUCGGUGGAAAUUUGGGGAGACGUUGAGGAUGGGAUCACAGAGGAGAACUGUUGCAGUGACUGCAGCAUCGAGCUUGUGGAGAAUAUUCCAGAUGACCUCUUCCUCCCAAAGGAUGGCAGACCCCACCUCCCCCUCUCUGCUGGCUUUCACAUUCUGUUGGACCAAGCAAAGCAUUCGGUUGAGGUUGUGUCACCUGCCUGGUCCUUAAACCCCUGGGAUCUGGAAACAACUCCAAGCACUGCCAAACAGGGUCAGCUUUUGUUCCAGAGACUGCUCAGCCUGAAAUCUCGUGGGGUUAAAUUGAAGAUUGCCAGCAGUCUGACUAACUCUGCUGAACUGAAGACCUUGGCAGCACACAAUGCAGAGGUUCGUUUCAUUAAUAUGACAGCUCUUACAAGAGGAGAACUACAUUCCUCAUUCUGGAUCGUGGAUCGGAAGCACAUUUACAUCGGGAGCGCUGACAUGGACUGGAGGUCACUCUCCAAGAGGAAAGAAUUGGGGCUGGUGUUGUAUAACUGCAGCUGUCUGGCUCUGGACCUCCACCGAGUCUUUUUAUUUUACUGGCAGCUCCACGACAAGGACUACAUCCCCUCCAUCUGGUCGAAGAGAGUUACAGCCCUCUACGGGCGGCACGAUGCUCUGGAGCUGCAACUCAACUCUACAGAGGCCUCUGCUUAUGUAUCUACCUCUCCUGAACUCUUCUGCUCUAAAGAUCGCACCAGAGAUGUAGAUGCCAUCUAUCAAGUCAUCCAGAGUGCAAAGACAUUUAUCUUCAUAUCCGUGACAGACUACCUCCCUCUGGUGAGCAGGAGUUUCAGAGGAACCACCAGCACAAGGUACUGGUCCCAUAUUGAUGAGAUGAUCAGAGAAGCCGUGGUGCUCAGAGGAAUCAAAGUUCACCUGCUGAUUAGCUUCUGGAAGAAGACUCAUCCCCUCACCUUUAACUUCGUCACCUCCCUCAAGUCGCUCUGCAUGCAGCUACACAACUGUUCAUUCGAGGUGAGGUUUUUCAGUCACAAGGAGCAAAAGGAAGAUGUUGAACAUGGGCUCAACCACAACAAGUACAUGGUGACCGACAACGGCCUCUACAUCGGUAACCAUGACUGGGUUGGGAGCGACUUUGCCAUGAGUGCAGGAGUUGGGCUGGUGGUCAAGAUGACAAAUAGCCCCACGGACAGGGGAGUGACAAUCUUGGAGUACGUCAAGGCUGCUUUUGAACGAGACUGGAGGUCACGUUACGCCAAGGAUCUGCAAGUUAACAGAGAUCAACAGGGAAAAUACAGACACCUGCUACAAAAGAGAAUUCACAUGGAGCCUAAAGAGGAAAACAAGUGGAACGACCCUUUACCUUUAUAAGCACAGAAUGUCUUUAUAUAUCCUAAAGUCUUGUUUGCUGAAUACGCUUGAUUUUACAACACAUAUGCACAAUAUGAGAAUGUGACUUAGACUGUUAGACUUGAAUUUAUUUUUGUGAUGUCAUUUCUAGAUUUAAUAACAAUCAAAAAUAACUUAAUAACUUGACUCAUUCAUGUUGCAAGCUACAGUGACUGUUUGUAAAUCACUAAUUAAUUAUCAACUGUCAUAUGAGCAUGCUAUUCUGCAUGGAUAUUGAAAGCAAUAUUCAUACUGGAACUAUAUACUAAGACAAGCAAUAUGCUGAUUAUAAAAUCAAUAUGCACUAUACCAAACUUAUACAGAAUGAAUCCAUAAAUGCAUUCCAUCAAACUCACCUGAACCUGUUUAUGGAAGAUUCUCCGAUGAUGCACUUUUUUGGUAAACAGUUGAGAUAUAUUUCUUAACUCUAUAAACUUUUUGAUGCUCUCUGCAUGCACACUGUAGCAUGUAGAAACCUUAACUGCCUUUCGAUGUAAUGCUUUUAUUUCUUUACUGACACACACUCAAACAUGUUCAUGCACUAGUUUCACAGAUAUGACAACAACUGUAAGGAUGUCAUUAAUUACUGUAUCUUGAGUUUUCAUCUGCCUUC